AUGAAUCCUUUUUUUGCAUUUACUGAAGAUUUUGGCUAUCAACCCCGUGGUCGUGGAGAACGACGUGGAUAUGGAUACCCUCCUCCACCACCUCCUCCUCCCCCUCCAUUCGGUGGCCGUGAUUCUCAGUACUAUGCUCCUCCUCCUCCCCCUCCUCCUUUCUUUGGCUAUGGCGGUCCUGGUGGGUUUUCCUUUAAUGCUCCUCCUCCACCACCACCUCCACCUCCUCCUCAUGGGGCCCCAGAAGAUAGACGUUCCCGUCAUCGUCAUCACCACCACCAUCAUUAUGAUGGUCCUGAAGAUGGCCCCGACUUUCCACGCGGCCCUCGUCCAGGUCCCCGUCCUGGCCCUGGUCCCCAUCAUGGUCCUCAUGGUAGACACCCUCCUCCACCCCCUCCUCAUCACGGUCACCAUCGUGGUCCUGAACCUGGCCCCCACCCUGGUCCUCAUGGUAGAUACCCUCCUCCACCUCCACAUCACGGUCCCCAUCAUGGCCCUGGUCCCCAUCAUGGUCCUCAUGGUAGACACCCUCCUCCACCCCCUCCUCAUCACGGUAACCAUCAUGGUCCUCACCAUCAUCACCAUCAACAUGCUGCACCUCAGGACCCCUUCAAUCUUUUCUCUUUGUUGGAGAUUCCUUUUAUGAUUGCCUCUCAGUUCAUUCCUGACUCCGGUCAUAUUAGUGACUCUUCUGAGUCUUUCACUUCUUCCGACAGUGAGUUUGAGGAUACCUACGAGCCCAAAGAGAAGACUGAAUCUAAUGAAAAGAAUUCAUCCUCCUCCACGGCAUCAGCUAAGGCUUCUGCUGAAGAUUCUCAGACUGCAGAUGAGUCUGAGACCGGCUGCCAGGCUAAGCAUUGUCACAAAAAGUCUUCCUCUUGUGCUUCUAAGCGCAAGAGAGAUGUUGAUGGUUCCUCUUGCGCUGCUACUGGCUCCUGCGCUUCCUCUUUUGCUGGUUCCUCUGGAUGCCAUGCUUCUUCUUAUGGCGGCCGCCGUCAUCGUCGUCACCACCAUCAUGGUUAUCCUCAUGGUGGAAGAUCUGGAUAUUAUUACCGAUCCAAUGCUCCUGGUAGCAUUGCCGAAGAAAUAAUGGGUCCUCUAAUUUCUGCCAUCAGCAGUGCCUUUGUAGUCCCUUUUGCUGACUCUUACAGUAGCGAUGAUGAGACUAAAGAAGCCCCUAAGGCUUCUACUUUCUCUUCUUCUUCCUCUUCAUCUGCUACUCCCGCUCCUUCCAAGACUGAGAAGUCGAGCGAAGAGUCCGACUUUGAGUUUGAAUCUGAGUCUGAUUUCAAUGUUGCUGAUGACACUGAGAAGACUGUUGAGCCCGAGAUUUCCACUACUCCUGAAGAAUCUCCCGCUGAAGAAGUUGAGUGUCAGACUGAAGAGCCUUCUAAGCCUACUGAUGUUGAAGCUAAGUCCGCUGAAGACGAUACUGAGGUCAUUAUUAAGACUACUCCUGAGACUUUGGAGGUCAAUAACGAGGUUACUCCUGAAGCCUCCGAGGUCAUUGAGAAAGCUGAAAAGGAAGUUAAAGAAGUCGAGAAAGUUGUCGAGGCUACUGCUCAGGAAGACACUCCUGAGUCUUCUGUUGCUGAUCGUCUUCAGCAGGCUAAGGUCAACAUCGACCGAUACAUUGGCAUUUACAAUCGUAUCAAUAAGUUAAACAAAGAGGGCUACACUCCAGCUUCUACUGAUGAUGAAGCCGAUGAUGAUAACGAGCUUAAUCUUAGUAUGACUUCUCGUAUUUUAGUUUUGGAAGGCGUCCAGACUCAGCUUGAGGACAUUUAUUCUGAGCUUGAUGAUAUGGAGUCUCCUUCUGAAAAGGCCUUGCGCAGAAUGAAGCACGGCCUUGUUGGCUUGGCCGUCACUUACGCCGAUAAGGUUGAGGCUCUUCUUGACAUUUUGAAGAAAAAGCAGGCCGAUUUCGAUAAGGCUGACUCUAGCAUUGAUUCCAACUGGAUUGAUGUUGAGUCUUCCGAGACCUCUUCCACUUCUAGCUCUUCCAAGAAGUCUAAGGGUCGCAAGAUUGCAAUUGAAGGUGCUAAUUAA